AUGACUGUCUAUAGCUGGGGUCGAGGCGAGGACGGCCAGCUGGGGCUGGGGGACACGAGCGACCAGCACCGCCCCGUCCUGAUCGAGGCGCUGGCCGAGCGUCGCAUUGUGCAGAUUGCGUGUGGCAGCGGUCACACUGUCGUGCUCACAGAUGAAGGAGAAGUGUAUACGUGGGGCCGAGGGGACGAUGGUCGCCUGGGACAUGGAGACAAUGGCUGGAAGUUCGUGCCGCGACUCGUGGAGGAGUUGCGGGGCAAGAACGUCCGCCAAGUCACGUGCGGGAGCUACCACACAGCAGCUGUCACGGUUUCUGGUGACCUCUACACGUGGGGCGGCGGUAUGUAUGGCAAACUGGGCCAUGGCAAUGAGACGGGUCACUCGACGCCGUUCUUGGUUGAGACGCUCAAGAGCAAGCAGGUACGGCAGGUGGCGUGUGGCAGUCGCCAUACGGUGGUGCUGCUUGAGAACAAGGACGUGUAUACGUGGGGGGACAAGGAGAAUGGGGUGUCAGGUCACGGAGAUACGGAAGGUCACCAGUACCUUCCGUGUCCAGUGGAAGAGCUGCGCGGCAAGUCGAUUGUCCAGAUCUCUGCUUGUGGCUUCCACACGGCAGCUCUGAGUGAAUUUGGAGAGGUGUUUACCUUUGGAGAAGGAAAGUUUGGCCGUCUGGGACAUAACUCGGAGCGGAACCAACCCGUAGCGCGCUUUGUGGAUGCGCUGUCGGGAAAGCGUGUGAAGCAGGUGGCUUGUGGUGGUUUCCAUACAGCAGCAGUAACGGAAACAGGAGAGGUGUAUACGUGGGGAGGUGGCGAACACGGUCAACUUGGGCAUGGUGACAAGGUGAACAAAACGGCGCCCACACGAGUAGAGAGUCUGGUGGAUAAGCUGGUUGUUCAGAUCACGUGUGGAUGGAGUCAUACAGUCGCACUUACAGACACCGGCGAGGUAUAUACGUGGGGCAAUGGAGAUCACGGGAAGCUUGGUCACAACGACACUACGAAGGUCACGUUGCCGCGAUUGGUGGAUGUCUUGGAUGGGAAACGCGUGGUCAGUGUGGCAUCGUACAACGAGCAUACAGUGGCCCUCGUCGACCCCGUGGCGAUGCUACGUGCUUCCAUGCUGACGUCUUCGUACGUCGGGGAUAUGCGCCAGCUCGUUGACAGUGCCGAGUUCUCGGACGUCACGUUCCUCAUCGAAGGACGUGCAGUUCACUCACACCGUGCCAUUUUGGCCGCUCGCAGUGACCAUUUCCGCGCGAUGUUCUCGUCAGGCAUGCGCGAGUCACGCGAGCAAGAAAUACCGUUGCUGCACACUCGCGUGCCGGUGUUCCUCGCCUUGUUGGAAUAUAUUUAUGUGGACACGGUCAAUGUCGGGGCAGAGAUGGCGCUCGAGCUAUAUGCCGCCGCUGAUCUGUACACACUGGAUCGUCUGAAGGGACUGUGCGAGAUCAUCGUGCAAAAGAGCAUCAGUGUGGAAAACGCCGCUGCACUGUUCCAGUCCGCGGACGACCUGCACUCUUAUCGGCUGCGUGAGAUCUGCUUGUCCUACAUGGUGCAGAAUUUUGACAUGGUCACCAAAUCCGACGGCUUUGCCAGUCUUUCGCGUGACCUGAUCCUGGAAGUUUUGCAGAAUCGGUAA